AUGGGCAACCUGUCUGGCGUCGUGGCCGUGCUCGCGGUGCUCGUGCGCCCCUCGCUGGUGGUGCCGCACGUGCAGGUGCCCGACAUCGGCCACCUCGACUGGUCCGCGCUGCAUGCCAACGGCGUGCGCUUCGUCGUGUUCGACAAGGACAACUGCCUCACCGCCCCGCACUCGGACACGAUCCAGCCGUCCAUCGCCGCGGCCUGGGACGACUGCCAACGCGUGUUUGGCCGCGAAAACGUGCUGGUUGUAAGCAACUCGAGCGGGUCCUCGGACGACCCGUCUGGUCUGGGCGCCGAAUCGCUCAGCCGUGCUCUCAAUGUGCCCGUGCUGUGCCACAAGCAGAAGAAGCCCGCGAGGGCGUGUGCUGCAGAGGCGCUCGAGUACUUUGUGGCGCUCUCGCACGAUCGCGAGACGACGCUCGCCCAGGCACAGCACAUGCCGCCCGGCUCAGCCACGAUCCAGGCUGGACCCAGCAGCACCACAAGACGCUACCUCAAGGAGCGACGCAAGCUUAUCAGCUCUGGCGUGCCGCAGGAUGCGGAGGGAAGCGGCAGUGUGCUGGUCGUGGGAGACCGCACUAUGACGGACGUGAUUCUGGCGCAUCGCAUGAACGAAGAGCUGAGCCGCAGGAGGUCCAGGAUAGCAAACGAUGCAGGCUCGCACAAGGAGAGGGCGAUGGGCGCGCAGUGCGUGUCGGUGCUCACUACGGGCAUUUGGGCGUACGAGGGCCGGCUGAAUGCGCUCAUGCGCAAGCUCGAGGCGCGCACCACUGCGUACCUCAUCUCGAAAGGCUAUCGACCCGGCGAACCGGGCAUGUUUUCCAGGCGCGCACCAACGUCUGCAUCGAUGGACUGGCAAGCGAUUGCCGUGUCUUCCUCCCCAACGCUGGGCAUGGUGGCUUUAAGCUCGGGUGACGAGGCCAAGUUUGCGUAUACGCGCGACACCGUACCCACGGCCGUACCUAGCGAACCAGCACUCGGCGCUGUGCUCGUUUCCGCGCUGGUGCGGCCACUACCGCGCGGGUUGGGCUCCAUCAUCUCGCGACUGCUGGUGAGCCGGCCGGUGGUGUGGCUGUCGUCGAAUGUGCGCGAUGGAUGGAACGUCAUGAUGCAAGGACUGGCGUUUGGCGUUUCGGAAGCGGGCAUCUCGCGCGGUCGGAAACCACUUGCGCUCGAUGCGGACGUGGCGCCGCCCAGCAAGACGCAGCUGAAGCAGCAGGCGGUGACGGCGUCGAUGGCCGAGUACCUCGACGCGCGAGUGGGGGCGGUCUCGCAGCUCGGACGCGGAGGCGUACAGCACUUGCGACAGUUCGGCUCGCGUGCUGGCAUCCUCAGCCGACGACAGAUGGAGAUCAAGCAGGUUCGACCGUACAGCACGGGCUCGGGAGCGGGCGGACGACCAAGGGUGCCGAUGCGCAACUGGGUCGCUGCAUUGUCCGCACUCGUAAUCGUACCCGCCAGCUACUACGUCGGCAUGAGGCUGCAUGAUCUCAAGGAGACGAAAGCGAUCGAUCCCACACAGACACUGCCACCAACCCCCGCCAAGCCGGAUCCGCAAUUGCACCACCACCCCGCACCAGAAAUGCCCGCCGAUCCGGCAGUGCAAAAGGCACUGCGUGGUGCUCAAGCGGAUCGAAAGAGAGAGUUGGAGUUGACGCUGUUCCAUCUGGUGCGCGAACGCCAGGAGGUGCUAGACAAGCUCGAACGCGUCCACCAGCGCCGUGCCGAGUCGCACUAA